AUGAUAAUAAUACAGAAACUAACUCCGAAAAGGUCAUUCUAUCUUCUCGGUUACGAAUUUGGUGUUCUAGUCGCCUUGGAAAUAGCUUCCAUUCUUGAAAACAAAGGUUUAACCGGUACAGUAUUUAUGCUUGGAGGGACCCCACUUGAUAUCUGCAACUCAUUCAACCAUCGCUUUAAAAACAUUUCUGCUGAGGAUCAACAAAACGCUCUUAUCAAGCAUAUGUAUACUUUAAUUACUUCAAAAAAUUACACUGAAAUAGAAAACGAGCUUGGAGCGAACAAGAGCUGGAAUGACAAAGUGGAAUGCCUCGUCCGGAAAUUACCCUCUAAUAUUCAAUACACUCAAAUUUUACUCCAAGGAGUUUACGCCAAGAUAAAGAUGCUUCAAAAGUACGAUUUCAAGCAGCACAAACUACAUUCGCAACUCGUCCUCAUUCGUGCUAAGCUUCCCAUACCCGACGUUGAUACUUUAGAAAGUUUUCCUAAAGAGAUGAAGGUACACAAUAUACGUGCUGUCCUAGCACAUGCGGAUAAAGAUCUGGCUUGCUCUAACAUCGUCAACAAAUAUCUGGAUAAGAAUAUCAUAGAGGCUUAUGAGAACAGCAACCAAUGUGAUACAGUACUGAAAAGUGAUGAAUUCGUAAAAAAUAUGGUGUCAGAAUCGGAAUAGUUGCACGAAUUGGACGCUUUCAUUUUGAUCAAGUAGUGAAGAAGUUACUUUGGUUUGGUUGGCGGUUUUUUGUUAGUGUAUAUUUUUCAUAAUUCAGUAUAUUAUUUUAAAUAAAUUGUUUUCAAGAGAAUCACGUGUUUCAAGCUUUAAUUAAUCAUAGUUGAAUAUAUAAUUUACUAGUAAACGAAAAUCACAAUUGCGUUUUCGAUCAACAUUUGAUAAUGGGCAGAGACAUCGACUAUGAUAUUCUAUUAAAAACAGCAACGAACUCGAAGUUGAAUGCAGCGGUAUCACGUCAUAGUGCUUCAAUGAAAUAAAACUUUUUUAUGAUUUGUUUGAUAUAACUUUUAGAAUGUGACAUGUAAUUGAACUUACAAUUUAAAAGAGGGUAAAUAUCCUGUGAGGAAGUACAAGUCACAAGCCACACAUAAUCACAUGGCUCUAGUACGGAUCGGUGCGUGUUAACGAUUGCAGCUCUUUGGAAUCACCCAACAGCAACACGUUGCUAAUUUAUUAGUUCCAGUUGUGGCAAUAAAAUACUAAAUAAGGAAAUAAGGUUUAAACCAUGUUCCGACCAAAUAAGUCAACAAAUUUCAAUGAGGAAGUAUUUAAAAAAAAAAUUAGUUCUCGAAAUCAAACUAGAUGUAGUUACGGUACGUCCCUGUUUCUCCAUGACAACCAGGGCUUGAAACCGGUUCAGAAUAAACCGUUUUUAUUUAGGUAAAACCUGUUCUAUUAUAAUGUUCCGUUCCGGAUCGGAACUAAAUGCGGAGUGAAAUUCGGAUAGAAUAAAAACCGGUUAAUUCGCUUGUUUCGUAAAAAGCAAUGUUCUUACACUUUUGAUGCGAAUUAUAUCAUUUUUAAGCGACGACAUUUAUCAUACCUAUGUACGGAUGUUAUAGAUAGGAGUGUAGGCACUUAAAAACCGCGCUGAAGUUUGUGAGAUCAUUGUCUGGAGUCAUAUUUAAACCGGUUAGUGAACCGGUUUAAAAACCGGUUCGAAGGAGCUGAACCUUUUAUGUAACGUUUCGCAUGUACUUACGUCGAACCGGUUAAAAAAAUAAACCGGUUUCCAAGCCCUGAUGACAACCUUUCCGAUUUUAUUUCAAGUUUAAAAGUAAAUUAGUUUUCAAAACUCAAUAAACAACUCAUAUUCUAUUUGUACUUUUUCGUAUUUGUAUUGAUAUCUAAGUUUCGAA